AUGAACUCAACCGUCAGUCUGGAUUAUUUUAAACAAGAAAGUGAAGAAGCUACCUGUUGGUCACAACCUUCCUCACCGUCCGACGUAUCCUCUCCCCACACACCAAUUUCCGCCUCUGACCCAGAUUAUAAUGUUUAUCACGUGCCUAGAGGAUUCGAUGUCGUCCUAGUACCUUUAAAGGUCGAAGAACAAGCUAUUUCAGAAACCAGCGCUCAAAGUGCCGAGUCAACUAAUACUACCACAAACGCUCCCUCACUAAAUUCGUAUUCACCUUCCGUCUCAACAACCAAACCAGUGGACAUUCCAAAAUCAAAAACACCAACCUCCACCGAUGCAAAGGCAAACGCAACCACAACUUCCACUCCACGUUUAUCUGCUUAUCGUAAACGUAUGGCCGAUAAGAACUAUAUUCCUCGUCCGAAAAAUUGUUUCAUGGCCUAUCGUGAGCACAUCAAGGAAAAGUUCUUGGCUGAAAAUCCCGGAAUGAAUAACAAGGUGGUAUCGGUACUCGCUGCAAAUAAGUGGAACAGCGAACCGGAAGAUGUCAAAGAAUUCUGGCGAGAACGCGCAAAGCAACUAAAAAUCGAACACAAGUUGAAGUAUCCUGAUUACAAGUUCAAACCACAGAAAAAGAAGCAAAAUGUAAAAGCUCCAGGAGGCACAAAAGCAACAACAAAGGUCAAUGGUCGCAGGAAGACGGAUUCUAAGAUCGUUUUUGCCGAUGAAUUGUUGGGUGAUAGUGACGACGGGAAGCCCGUUUAUUCCUUGGGUUUAGAGGGCGGUGAUGAACAGGAGGAAAUUUAUUUACACUUGCAUAAGAAGGCUCUCUUCGGACAUUAUCGAGCAUCCUCUGUAGACUCUGCUAGCUCUUGGAAUAGCGACUCUACAUCAUCUACUCCCCUGCUUUCACCUUUCGUUGGUUCACCAGCCUCUUUUUCACCACCCGCCUUCCAUAUGAACGGUCACUUGGGAAGAACCUCGGCCUUACGUUACGAAGCUGGUCAAGUUGCUCACAAUAACGAAGCACCCCAGGACAACUUGAUGCCCUCUCACAAUUUGACUUCCACUCAAGCCAUGUUCAAUGAUGUUGAGCAGUUGAAUCACUUGUAUCACAAUCAGAUGGAUGUUAAUGCUCGUGCAACUUUGCCUGUUGAUGAUGGUUUUGCUCUUGAUUCUCCAUCAUAUGAAAGUUCAACGUCUACAUCGUUCUUUGGGUGUUCCCCAUCGACCGUUGAAAUGUCAUCCACUGACUAUGAUCUGAUGGCUAUGGGACACUAUACGGCUUCACCAGUUGAAGAAGAAAAGGGUUUUCUUCGCGACUAUGAUAACGCUGAGCCUGCUUAUAAUCGACAUGUGCUUAAUCCUUCAUUUGAUAUCUCCCCGUCAUCCCAAGAAUCACAGUUGACCCUUGCUCAACAUUACGCAUUUGCACUCGACACUCCCCGACGCAAUUCGCAACAACUUUUGGCCGACUUCCAACACGGUCUUAAGCGCAUUGAGUUGGAUUUCUUGUCUUCUUGUUAG